CUUUGUCUCUUUGAGAGGCGAAUGACAUGAGUGUCACUGACACUAUUUAUGACAUUCUUGGAUACUCCUACGCACUCGAUCUCAAGACGGCUGCCUGACCGACACAUUAUUCUGCUAAAGCCGUGUGAUGGCCAAGUAUAGCAUCGACACACAUGUCAGUCCCUGAGUCGCGGCAGAGAUUCCCCUCCCAAGUUGCGCUGUCUUACGAUGGGAGACUCGGCAGCAGUUCAGGAUGACACAUCGGAUCCGUCCUCGGGCGACUCACCCCCCGUUGUGCUCAUAUCCGACGAUGGGGACAUUAUUCUAAACGUUACAUUCGAGACGUCCAGAGAGACCAUUGCUGUGGCUCGCAGGACUUGGCAAGCUGCCAGUAAGAAGAUUGGCGCACCACGGAUGCCCCAACCCAACUUGAGCCCCAACAUUCAAGUCGCCUACCGAGUCAAGCUUUCCAUCUUGAGGAAGCACUCUCGGUAUUUUGAGAAUCUUCUUGGCAACAAACAAUUUGCCGAGGCAAGCAACGUCGAGGAGACCCUCGCUCGCCUGGCUGCGGACAUGCUGAAGCUGGCUGAAGUAGAUGCCCGGGACUUGCCCUGGAUCACAAUCGUCGAUGACGAUGAGGCAACCCGGUCCGUCGGCCGGGAAAAGGUCUUUGAGGACUUGAUGAGGAUCAUGCACGGGAAGCCGAUACAAUCCACCUCUGUCAACAUGCUUCAUGUGACUACUCUAGCCAUUCUGGCCGAUCGAUUUGAUUGUCGAUCCCUGGUCUCAAGAUACCUUAGCAUCGAGCUCAAGUUCAAGUGGCCUUUGACAAGUGCCAAACCGGUGCGGGCGGGCACUCAGAAGAAGAGCCUAGACACGGAGAACGUGCUUAGACAGAAGAUCCUGGUCGCUUGGCUGCUGGAGCAGCCACCUAGACUCCAUAACUACACGCGAGAGCUGAUUCUCCGUGGCUCUGUCCGAUGGAGCGAACUAUCUCUCGAUGAGAACCCACGUACUGAGCUGUGGUGGAGUCUGCCGGAUGGCUUGGAGAGUGAGCUCUUUUGGUCUUAGUUUCUCGAUUAAUGAUAUAUGCUGACCUGGGAUCAGGGGAG